CACUCAUCCUUCUUUCAAUUUAACACUCCAACGAAUCUCCUUCUCUCUUUCCUUGUAAAUUCGCCUUUAAUUCUUUCCUUUUACCAUUUUUUUUCCGAAAGUUUUUUUGUUGAUCAAUUAGAUUAUAGAUUAUAUAUACGGUUCAUCAAAUUCACGAAUUCAGUUCUUAAUUUCCUUGAUUUUUUUUUUCUUUCUUUCUUUGAAUCACUUACGGUCUCGAAGCCAUGAAGAAAUCGAGUAAUUUUUUGCGGAGUUCCAAAGAGAAGCUCACGAAAAGCUUCAAUUCUGCUAAAUGUAAGACGUCGCUAAAGUUGGCAUCAUCGAGACUGAAGUUAAUGAGGAAUAAGAAGGAAGUGCAAGUGAAGCAGAUGAAAAGGGAGCUGGCGCAGUUGCUUGAAUCAGGGCAUAACCAAACGGCUCGAAUCCGCGUGGAACAUGUUGUUAGGGAAGAGAAGAUGAUGGCAGCAUAUGAUCUUCUAGAGAUAUACUGCGAGUUAAUUGUGGCACGCCUGCCUAUUAUUGAAUCACAAAAAAACUGUCCCAUCGACCUGAAGGAAGCCAUUACAAGUCUAGUAUUUGCAUCACCAAGAUGUGGAGACAUACCAGAACUUAUAGAUGUCCGGAAGCACUUUAAAGUAAAAUAUGGGAGUGGAUUCAUCACUGGAGCUGUUGAACUGCGUCCAGAUUGUGGUGUUAGUCGCCUUUUGAUUGAGAAGUUAUCUGCUAAAGCACCCGAUGGGCAAACCAAGCUUAAAAUAUUGACUGCAAUUGCUGAGGAGCAAGGUGUCAAAUGGGAUCCUAAUUCAUUUGGAGAAUCAGAUUUACCACCCAGUGACUUGCUGAAUGGACCAAAUACUUUCGAGAAGCCCAGUAAGGUGCUUGAAGAUCCUCCUCGCUUUGAAUCUUCAGAAGUCAGAACUCCACCUACCUAUAGCCAGGUGUAUAAUGAAUCAUUGAAUGUCUCAGAGCAGAGAAAAGGAUCCCCAAUGACAACCCCUAGUUUUGCUUCACAAGGUGGCACUAGUGGCACAGUGCUUUCUUCCUCUUCUCAACUUGAACGUAGACAUUCAGGGUUUAGGUCUGAAAUGAAUGAAGUUGGGCAAUCAUUUCCCGAGAAUGGCAAUUUCUCUAUGGGUAGGCAGAGUUGGAAUAUGGAAUUCAAGGAUGCUACAUCUGCAGCACAGGCAGCUGCUGAAUCUGCAGAACGUGCAAGUAUGGCUGCAAGAGCGGCUGCAGAACUUUCAAGGAUGCCUGGGCAGUACCAAACCGAAUCAAAGAGGUCUCAUGUAAGCAUUGAAAGAGAUGAACAGCAGGCAUAUUCUGGUGCUUCAAUAAGGAAUGCUGAACGGCGCCAUCAUGAUUUCCCAGAUAAAUCCUUUACUCGUAGAGAUUCUAGGUUACAAGAUGAAGUUGGCAGUUCUGAACAUGAUAAUAUGAUGAAAGCUAGUAGGAAAUUUUACCAUGAUGAUGGUGAUAAUGAAAGGAGUUCAGGUUCACAGGCUUCUCCAAGAUCUGAAAUUUCAAUUGAUAAUGACUUGUUACAUAGUCCUCGAGAACCAGAUAGGUCUAGAGAGACAAACUUAUCAAAAGAAGAGCAUAGUCAAGCAAAAAAGGUUUCCUAUAAGCACACUGGUGAAUUUGAACCUCAAAGCAUGAGUGACUAUGAGGAAGACGUGAACUAUUUUGGAGAAGAGAGGACAACAGUUGAAGUUAACAAUGUUCCUCGUGCUUCUCAUUCAAGCACUUCAAGGUAUGAUGAUAACAAUCACAACCAAAAGCCUGUAUAUGAAGCUGGCAAUGACCUUUUUGCUAAUGCCGAGGAAGAGCGUGUUUACCAGGGAAAUAUGAAGACAAGUUCUUAUGAUGUGGUAUCUGCAGUUUUUGAUAAAUCUAGCUCAGAUGAUGAAGAUGCUGUUAAUUUCCAUACAGAAUCCAUAUAUGAUGACCAGCAGUCCAAAUUUUAUUUUCCAUCACCUGAAAGAAAAUCGCCUACUCAUCCCUCCUUAACAGGUGAUAAUUGGAGCCCUAGAAUGAACACCAGCAAGUUGCCAGAAAACUCUACUUUGACAUCACAAAUUUUUGUAGAAAGAUACUCACCUCCUGAGUCCCCUAAAAGUUUCUUGGAGGAGGCAUCUGGGGGAAAACCACAGGCAGAGAAUUUUGUCCAUGCAACCUUUGAUGAUUCAGAUGGCGUGAGCUCUGAAACUGAAGAUAUGGACCAGCCUGAGCUUAUCAGGAAGCGCUCCCAGAGUCAUGGAUCAAGAUCUAGUGAAACUGGUGGAACUGAGAGUAAAAAAUUGUCACAUUCAUCUAAUGAGAAAGACUCGGUAGAUGCUUAUAGGAAAGGUGACUAUGCAAAUGAUGAAUCAUUAUUUUUCAGUUCAAUAGACGGAACAAACCAAUUAAAGUCCUCCCAUUCAAGGCUCUCAGUGGCAGAUGGAGCCAAGGACAAUGCCCACUUGUCACACUCAACUGAUGCAUGGAUAGAUGAUGAAGAGAAGUCAACUCAAUCUAAUUCUGAUUAUGUGAAUGAAUUGAACUUUGGAAAGUUAAGAGGCGGUCUUAGACAUAAGGGCUAUGUUACUCCUCCAUAUACAAGGACUCAUCAAAUCUCUUCAUUUGACAAAUCUGAAGAGGUUUCUGCCACGAGUUCACUGUCUACUGCUUCUCAAAGUGUUUUGGGCUCUGUCCAUUCUGGAAGUAUGAAGAAAGGGAGCAAAUCCAGCUCAAGAAUGACAACCUCCCAUCGUGAUUUUGAUACUGACAGUUCUGAUGAAGAACUUUCUCAGCAGAUCUCAAGUGACAGGAGGAAACCAGAUGUUAUGAAGCUGGACAAAGAGGUUGAAACAAAACCAAGGUGGUCAAAAGGUUCUGUUACUUAUUUUGAUUCCACUGAUUCAGAAGUGGAAUCUCCCAAACAACCCAACAUAAAUAGAAAACACGUGGUUAGCCAAUUUUCUCGAAGGACAAAAGUUUCUCCUCCCAGUUCAGAAACAAACUUCUCUUCCCAGGUUCAUAUCAAGUCAGAAACAUCUGGUUCUUCAAGUCUAGAAAGAAAAUCUUCCCAGAAUUUCUCUGAGGCCAGAGCACAAGAACUCAAGAAAAGUACAAAGAAUUUAUCCAAUGAAGCACAAGACACCAAGAAACCCACAAGGAAAUCUUACGCUGCUGAAGUGCAAGAACAGCAAAAAGAUACUCGGAAAUCUUAUGAUGUUGGAAAACAAGAAAUCCAGUCGCAGCAAGAAACCUCAGGCCAAUGGGUAUAUCAUGAACAGCAUAGCUUGGGAAGACCAGUCUCCAAGUCCAAGACAUAUUUGGAUGAAGAAAAAAGGAAGACAUCAACAACAGAACAAGCAUCCCAUUUUGACAGGAAAACACAAUCAUCAAGUAACACGCAAACUCCCAAGGCAUCUGGAUCAAGUGGUAGUACUUUAGCUAGAGAGGACAGUACAAAGAAACCUAGUCAUGUUCAUCCAAAGCUUCCAGACUAUGAAAAUAUUGCCGCUCAAUUGCAGUCCCUCCGGAUGAACCGUAAGUGAGUAAUCUUGUUUGAUAGUAUACAGACAUGGAGGUUGCUUAAUUUAUUUGUUAUUUGCAGAUAAAAGAAUUUUUGGUUUGAAAGAAACAGAAACAGGCUACUCUUUGCACAGAGAUUCUUCUUCCUCUUGUAUUAUUUGAUUGAUUAAAGAUGAUGGUUCUUUUGUUGUAUAAAUCAUGGGAAAUUUUAAGGUGCCAAUAAGCACAGUGUCUAUUUGCACCAAGUACAACCAUAAAAGCUUUGUAGGUUACACCAGUGCAACUAGACAUGCAUUUUUGUGUUGUACUUGGUGCAAAUCAGCAUGGUGCUGAUCGGCACGUAGACUUUCCUAUAUUUGGGUCUUCCUUUUGAAAUAAAUGGAUGUAUUUUAUUUAAUGAAA